AUACUAGUACCGCAUGCCUUGGUGGAGUCCACACUCACUCAAGUUGCCACAAUGGGAUACUGUCGGGUCCCCUCAGGGCCGUGCGACAACCACCCUUCCAAGCCAACACAAUAUUUUCUGCGAAGUAUUCUAGCCGAUGGUGUAUACCUAUUCUAUCGCGGUACAGCAAGUAAUUAUCGGUUCAUUGUCAAAGCGCUUUUCGCCAUUGAGACGUCAUUGGUAUCAGUUGGCCUCCGGAGAGCUCGAGGAAAAGGUAUAUAAGGAGGCGCAUUGACUGUUCUUUACGAUCCAAGCAUCAAGAUUAAACUCUCACAAGUACUCAAGCACCAGAAAUUAAUCUAGUCGUUGUAUCCAUCGAAUACUCUACCUCUUUCCUUCCCCUGCACUCACAAUGGCCACUGCCACUCAAACUGCUCUCUUCGGACCUGACCUCUACCCUCCCAUUGAGAAGGUAUCCGGUCAGCUCUCUGAAGACAUGAAGAUCGUGACUGAGCUCCGCAAGAGCUGGAAUCCCACCAUUGGCUUGCAAUUGUUCGAUGCUCGCAAUCCCGUGGGCAUCUACGACGCACACAUGCGGGCGGCCAUCUUCCAGGAAUGUCUGGCCUGGACCCAGGAUUUGAAGGACCUUCCUGAUCCCGAGCUCCUCGCUACGGCAGCUCCCAGCCGUCUGGCCUUUCUGCCUCGUGGUGAAUACCUCCUUCGUUGCUUCCGAGAAUCUUUCCCCGAUGUCCCAGACACCCCCUUCUGGCACGCCGUGGCAGAACAAGUCUACGGCUUCACCUGGUGUCUGUCAGACAAUACCAAGCUCUGCCACGAAUGCGUGCACGGGAGCUGCACCGCCGGCGUGCUGGCCUGUUUUCCAGACUACCUCCACUUCCUGGGAGAGCUCCCCGUGGUGCUGGACAUCUGCACGCAGCGCGUCAGCGAAUACAUUGAGCACGUCCACCGAGACCACGGACCCGGCCCGCACCGCAAGAUCAUGGACGCCUGGCUGAUGUGCGUGCAAUCCGUAUACCCGGACGUGUUGCAUCCCAAAGCGACAGAGUUGAAGUUCCCCGACGACGAGCGGCGGAGCAUCAGCUACCGGCUGAUUAACUCGGCGGGACGUGCAUUAGCCCUGCAUGCGCAGCUGGAACAACCGCUGAUCGGCACAGACGAGGAAGUGGAUGCAAUUUCAUUCGCGUCCACUGUGAUGCAUGAUAUCUGCGACUAUCGGCAUGAUAAUAUGGCCAAGGAAUACUACAACCUGUUGACCAUUGUCAGUGUGCACCAGGAAGUGCCUGGCACGGCCAUGGUGCGACGGUUCUGCAUUGAUGUAUGGGCGUGGGCACUGGACAACGGCGCCCUGUGGGCCAUUCAUCUAGCUGGCCGCGAAUUGGCCUGGCAGAUUUACAUGGCGCGGUACCAGACCGGGUUGUUGCUGGACAAGUUGAUGCCUCCGCGCAAGAAUAGUCCCGGGUCUGAUGUGGACCCGUACGGCGAUGCGGUGCUCAAUGUCAUGAACCCGAUGUUGAAGGCAGUUGGACGCAGCGACCAGCCAGGAAACUAUUCGUUGCGAGACCGGUGCCAGAACUCGCAACGCUACGAUGAGCUGCUCCAGCACUGUGUCCUGCAUUUCAAGGAGUGUUCGAGAUGCCGGGGCUACGAUGCGAUGACCUGGCAGGAGCGGGUGCCGGCCAUCGGAAAGGCGUACGAGAAGAAGUAUACGGACUGCAGCUGCAUGAACAUCAUCAGUGCGUAUAUGAUCCUCACCUCGCCCGAUCGGCUGUGGUGGUUGGCGGAUCCAACUGCUGAGUAUACCGGACCUCAGGAGGAAUGGUCGGCGCUGCUGUGCUAGACGUCUGAUUAGGCUGUAGCCUUUAUCCGCCGAGACAAUCCUAUUCACGCAAGACUGCCUUGUGAUCGUGUUCCUUUGUUGUUGGCUUCUUCGUUUGAACUGAAC